AUGGCUCGACAUAGCACACGCUUUCCUGGGCUCAGACCAGUGCAACAAAAGACACCAAGCAAAAGAGAAAGCGGAGAGCUUGAGCCGAGCUUCAUCGCUUGCACAGAUGGUAGAGCGGAGAAGGACGACGACCUGCUGCAUCUACCUUUGCUCGUUGAUGGAUUGCCACUGAAAGCAUCAAAGAGGGACGGACACAGCAGGCCGGAUGCGAAAUCCGAGAGCUUGGCUGGAACUGGGCUGGGUACGGUGGCAGGCCCAGGGGUGGGGGUGUGGCCAUGGGGGGGCCGCAUCUCUUCCUCCACUUUGCACCGGGACAGGCGCUGGGGCUUUUGGGCCAGGGGUCCUUUCAGGGGUGCAUCGAGACUUUCGGAGCUGAGACCUUGGCCAAGCAGGUCGGCGCCUGGGGUGGGGGGCUCGGGUAGUCACGGGAAAGGCGACACGACGGAGAAAGUCAGACGGGCGAGAUGUUCUCCGAGGGUCUGGCUCGUACUGGGCUCGCUGGUUCUCGUCUUUCUCACCUCGCUCUUCUUUUCCGUCUCGCUCCGGAGCGGCGUCGGCUUCAACUACCUGGAGCCGCCGAGCUGGGAGGAUUCUCGGCGGGUCAAGCUGGUGCCCAGCUAUGUGGGCUCACACAAACUGAGCGCCACUGACUCCCAGCAACAGCAAACCUGCGCCUGCCCUCGCUGCGUUGGAGACCCCGGAGUCUCGGACUGGUUCGAUGACAACUAUGAACCUGAUAUCUCUCCUGUUUGGACCAGAGACAACAUCCAGCUGCCCUCUGAUGUUUACUACUGGUGGGUGAUGUUGCAGCCCCAGUUUAAACCCCAGAACAUCCAGCAGGUGCUGCUUAGGUUGUUCCAGGUUAUUCCUGGACGAUCCCCGUAUGGCUCAUGGGAUCCUGCGCGAUGCCUACGGUGUGCCGUAGUGGGGAAUUCUGGAAACCUGCGUGGGGCUGGAUACGGGGCAAUCAUAGAUGGACACAACUACAUCAUGAGGAUCAACUUGGCCCCCACGGUGGGCUACGAGGAAGAUGCCGGCGGCCACACCACUCACCACUUCAUGUAUCCGGAGAGCGCCAAGAACCUGGCGGCCAACGUCAGCUUUGUCCUGAUUCCGUUUAAAACUCUGGAUCUGGUUUGGAUCACCAGCGCGCUGUCGACGGGCCAGAUCCGAUUCACCUACGCUCCGGUGAAGCAAUUUCUCCGCGUGGAUAAAGACAAGGUCCAAAUCUUCAACCCAGCAUUCUUUAAAUACAUUCACGAUCACUGGACCAGGCAUCAUGGCCGAUACCCAUCUACAGGCAUGCUAGUGCUCUUCUUCGCCCUGCACGUCUGCGAUGAGGUGAAUGUGUUUGGAUUUGGGGCAGAUGGUCGAGGGAACUGGCACCACUACUGGGAGCAGAACCGUUAUGCGGGAGAGUUUCGAAAGACAGGGGUCCACGAUGCAGACUUUGAAGCUCAGAUCAUUCAGCGACUGGCUGAGGCUGGAAAGAUUACCGUUUACCCGGGGAAAUAAGUCCACACCAGCCCAGAGAACGGUCUGGUUUGGCUUUUUAUUUCCCCCAGCCAAUGGCCUUGUCCUUCUCUGCGGAAAGGUCACUGAUGUGUGGCAUCGUAUCAGUUUCAAGCCCCUAGCUAGUAACUACAUGUUCAGAUGCGGACCACUGCUCGAGAUGUGACAACAUAUCGAUCCGAGUGAGGCUCUGCUCACACGGCGAUGGAGAGGGCAGAGCCUCAGGGUUUCACUUCUCAUGAUAAGAGCUGACAUCGAAAGACACUGUCCCCGUUUCGUAGUCACAAGCUUCGACUCGGGAGUGGGAAAAUAGAGUCGUCAAACAGUAACACUGACUGCGACUGAGCUCAGCAUUGCGAGAGCUCAAAAGAGAAUGGUCACAUUCUCUCAUGUUCUCCACUGAUCUAAUCCUCCACCAUUUAUAUAGAAACGGAUUUCCUCGAGGAAGAAACAGCACCAUCAGCAAUCCAGUGGACUAUUGUUCUCCAGCCACGGUUUCCGAUAUCAACAAACUACUGAGCUGUUGACCAACGGAGUGCAUCACCCAAGGCGUGCAGACAAGACGAACAGACACAGAAAUGACUCACUGCACAUUAUCCGGCACCAGUGACAUUUUCCAUUUUUCUUGGUUGUAAGCCAUUAGAGGCACCACCCAGUUUUGCCAGUGCAACAGUUCUUCUGGAAUCCGCUACAAGGAUGACGACUGUCACAUUAACCUUGUUGGAAAAAAGGUUACAGUAGAUGAUUAUGGGGAGUUGAAAGAAUUAUUUCCCCGGAGUCCCGUCACAGCGAAAGUUCUAAGAGGACGUUGUUUUGUUCGCGUGUUUGGACGCAUGCACUCUGGUUUCGGAUCAGACUUUUAAUCAUCCCCAUGUGGUGUGUCAGAGUGUAAUUUAGGAGCUGAAGCACGACAAAGCCAGCGGGAGUAAGCGUCAUUUAGUCCGAGUUCUGCCGCGACUCUCUGCAAACUGUGCUGCAUUUUAUGUUUAAAGGAUUGCAACAACUCCAAAGUGACUUUUGCAUCCCGGUGGAUUUAGCUCAUUCUUGAUUAGUGGGUGGAAGAACAUCGGAAACUACCUGGAUGUAAAAUUGUUUAACAACAGUAAUAGUUCCAUUGACUGAUCAUCACUUCAACCUUUGUGUGUCUCUUGGGGGGGGGAGUACAGUGUCACCACGCGCCUUAGAUAUCACCAUUUACCUGCACUUCCAUUUCUGUGUUGUCAUCUUCUUUUCUGCAGAAUUUCCAUCGUUUCAUUUGCUUAGCUUCAAACUGUUGCUGCGUUCUCAAAUGUUUACUUUAUCGCUCCAUUGGUGAUCCCUGAAACAUUUAGAUUUUGUGAAAACAAAUACAACAUUCAAGAGUGCAUUUGGGGGAAUACAAAGGAUCAACAACAUAUCUGUUCAAUUAAUAAACCUAACCCAAGGAAUAUUUUACAGCAAACAGAAGUUAUGUUCAAAUGAUGACACUUUGUUUUGGCUCUGGAUUUGUAGUUGAGAUAAAGAGCAUAUGACCGGUAGAAAUCACAUAUCGCAGACCUCCAAUUGGUUGGCAACCAGCCUACCCCGCCUCUCGCCUAAAGUCAGAUGGGAAUGUAAUGCGGCUAAGCGGUAGAGGGAAUGGAUGAAUAUACAGAAUCGCAUACACUUAGCACGUCAUUUGGCACACUAUAACAAAAUUAUCUAUAUAUCAACAAUGAACAAAAAAGCAACAUGAAUAUCAUGCCUGAAUUUAAGCAACAUUGGUGGUCAGUGAGAACAAAUAUCAAGCAGUUAAAUGUUAAAAGGUACAAAAAAAAAAAAAAAGGUAGGCUAAAAUUUCAGUCAGCCUCCAUCGGGUACCAAUAUGAACUUCUGUUGCCAAGACAACAUUCUGCCAUCCAAAGCAUCUGUGAGUAAAGUAUAAAAAUAAUUGAGUAACUGUCAAGGCUACAAGGUCCCUUGCCCAAGCAACAUGCAAGCUUCCGUGCCUUUUCCCGCCACUGCCGGACAUAUGUAUCAACCCUUGAUCCACUCGGCCACAACCAUCUGCUUGGCUUUGCAUCUUUUAGCUUUGAGCUGACUGGCACACAUGUGCUGCAGGUCUGCUGGCUGUGCCUUCUGUGCUUUACAAAGUACAUACAUAAACAUAUUCUGCCGUCCUUUGAGGCAUGCUUAAAACCUUACCAACUUUCUUUUUUGUGUAAAGAUGGACACAGGAUGUAGAAGAGGUAGCAGGCAGGUUGUUUGUGAUCCAUUGCUACUUUUUGCGCAUUUAUCAUGUGCCAGGAAUGAUACUUACCUUGCAUUGCAUAUCAUUUACUGUAGUGGUCCACUUCCCAAUCAAUAAGACAGUCAAACAUGAUUGUGAAGGUUUGGGUCCAAACAUUUUUUUUCUCUCCAAGUAAAUUGUUGAGGCAUUUUUUACAACAUCAUCCACAUAAUUUUAUAAACAUCGUUUUACUGUAUUGCCCCAUGUUAUUGAUAUUUGUAUUAAUCAUGUUUCCCAAAAUGCACCUUUCAGCUUGGAAGAUUAUUUACAUCUCAAGCACCAAAAUAACAUUCCAACGAAAAUGUUGUAAAUGGGUCCGUUUUCUUCUCGCCCCAUUGGAAAAGGUCAUGACAGGGUGUUGGUUUCAUAAACUGAAAACAGUAAAUCAUUACUAUUAUUAUUAUUAUUACAAGAUGAAUUACCUUAGUGAUUAUGUGAAAGUUAGACCAAAAAACACUAGUUGAUUGGAUAGAAAUGUACCUCCACAUGGCAAUUAGAUUAUUAGAUCUAAAACUAAAACUAUCUUUGGACUCACGUUUACAAGAUCCAGUAGCUACAUGGCAACGUGGUGGCUCACAUGCCUGACUGAUACAUUUUCUAGAAGAAAAGGCAAUUUAGAAAACACUAAAGCAAACCCAAAGUUCCAUCCUGUUGAGGAUCUGUUUUUUGGCACUGACUGCUUUCAUGUGUCAUCUUUCAUUUGUCUGUGCAUUUACUUGUCACUCCACUUUGUAUCUUAGCUUGUGAAAAUAAAAGCUUCUUGAAAUG